AUGGACCCGGCCACCCUGUCGGACACCAUCUCGUCGUCGACCGCCCUCUCGCUCGUCCACCAAGUCGCCCACUCUUCCGCGCCCAUCUCGACCUUUGCCUCGCGCCUCGACGCCCUCCUCGACCAGGCCAACCUCCCACUCCGACGAGGCGACAUCGUCGAGCUCCAGGGGCUCCCCGGCUCGGCCAAGUCGUCCCUCCUCGCCCACCUCGCCGCAACCGCCCUCCUGCCGCGCACCGCCCACGUCCGCAUCGCCGACCACGUCCUCGCCGUCCCCGUCGGCGGCAACCACAAACACGUCGCCUGGGUCGACUGCUCGCCGCGCGCCGCCCGCCUCGACACCCUCGACCGCCUCGCCCGCCUCGUCCGCCACCACCUCGACCUCGCCAUCCGCCGCUACCGUGCCCCGCGAGGCAUCGGCGCACCCCGCGAUGCCGAACUCGACGCCCUCGUCGACGAGUGCAUGGCGCGCUUGACCGUCGCGAGCCCGACCGGCACGGUACAGCUCGCGGCGACCCUGCGCGCCCUCCCCCGCUGGGCCCUCUCCGACGACGGCGAUGGCCCGCACGACGAGCUCGCGUACGUCAUCGUCGACGGCAUGAGCGAGUUUGCCUGGGCCGACCAGCAUGCCGCCACCUCGACGCCCUCGUCAUCGGCCCACGCGCCCCGCCGCCCGCUGCGCCUCGUCGUCGACGCGCUCGCGCACCUGCGCGCGACGCUCGCGCCCGUCGUGUGGGUCUCGCAGUGGGUCUUUCGCCCCGAGGCGACGCUCGCGCAAAAGUCGCAGGAGGGCCUCCCGUUCUACGCCGGCCACUACCCGUCGUCGCUGUGGCCCUCGAUCCUCUCGUCCCCCCUCCCUCCUCCUCCUCCUCCUCCUCCUUCCUCGUCGACCGCCACCAACCCGCUCGCGCCCCGCCCGGGCGCCCUCCUCCCCAUCUCGCUCGCCCUGCACCUCACGCUGCACCCCUCGCCGACCCCGCCGCUGCGCCGCGGCACCCCGCUCGCGCUCCUCCUGUCCGAGCAGCGCCGGCGCGUCCGCGUCCGCGAGCGGGCCCAGUCCGCCGUGGGACAGAGCAGCUGGGGGACGGCGCUCGGCGGGGUUGGCGGGACGGAGGGCGUCAGGGUCGUCGUGAGGAGGCCGGGUGGGACAGAGGUUGGCAGCUUUGACGUCGAGGUGUGGGAGAGGGAGGUCGUGACGUAG